CUGCCGACUUGGACCAUAAAACCUGGGAGACUUUCAGCAACCGCCAGUCAUUCUACUCAUUCAACCACCGCGGCAAAGUUCUGAACAGGGGUGCCUUUGAAGAGGAUUGAGGAGUUGCACUGUCACUAUCGCCAUGGCAACCAAACUUGAUGUUGGACACGAAGUACCUGUACUCUGCAUUGAUACGAAUGCUGACACUGGUGCUAGUGGGGACGAGGAUGGGAUGAUGUUGCUGUGGAAUCGACACGGAGAGAAAAAAGAUUCUGUCAAAAUCGGUCCAGAGGGUGUCAAUUCGAUUAAAUUUUCCAAAACAAAACCGGAGAUAUUUGCGACUAACGGGAAGGAAAUACACCAUUUAGAUUUACGUUUCUUAUCAGAACGUGUGUACAUCUUUGACCUAAAUCAGGAUGAAAUUAAUCAGAUUGAUAUUGACAAGAAAGAGGAGUUAAUUGUUGCUGGGGACGACACGGGGCACGUUCGUGUCAUCAACAUCAAGGACAGGAAAGUCCUGAAGACACUACGUAAACAUGAUAAUAUUUGUUCGACAGUUUGCUUCCGCCCGAAUCAGCCGACGGAGCUCAUUAGUGGUGCUUUGGACUGCGGGUUGAUCCGCUGGGAUUUCCGGCGCGGCAAAUGCAUCAAGGAGUUCGUCAUGAACGUGAUGUUCAAAGACGAGAACGAGGGCGAAGGGGUCACAUCGUUCAUCAUGAGCCCGCCGUUUAUCCACACCACCAGUAUCACUUCUGACGGCGAUUACCUGUCUUGUGGGUUAGAAAACGGCACGGUCCACGUUUUCGACACGUCAAAGAAAGCUGUCAGUCAUUCGAAAACUUUUAAAGGUCAUUCGCAGGGCGUCGCCCAAGUUCAUUUUACGUCCGGUAGCAAAACCAACCUGGUGUCCGGUGGUAACGAUGGACGUUUCAUCCUCUGGGACGUCACUAAGCCUAGCACUAAUCUGAAUUCAAUACCUGGGGUUGACGCAGCAGAGAGUGCGUGUUUGAAGGUUGUGGAUCAUGGUGAAAAAAUCAACUGGUUGAGUAGCUGGCAGGACAAGGUGGACACCCUCCUACUGGCCGACCAGAGCAACAUCAUUCACUCCUAUGAACUUCAGUAAUAUCGUUCACUUCUAUGGACUUCAGUAAUAUCAUUCACUUCUAUGGACUUCAAUCAGUAUUUUUUGUUGAAAUCACAGGUGUUUUGUGACUAUUUUUGAUCAGGUUUUAUAAUCACCCUGGAGAAUCAGUUCCCCAACUGAUUGAGAAUUCUGAUCUUGUGUAUUCAAGGUAGGCCUUUUAACUUCCUGAGCAGCCUGUCCUGGAAAGUACCUUUGAAAAUCCGUGCAUCCCAAGGAAAAAAACUUUCCCAGGGCGGGCCAGCUGGGCAAGUUGGAAGGCUUACUUGAUUCUCGGCAAGCUGGAGAACUGAUCCCCAGGGUGGAAAUGGCAUCCAAAUCACCAAGUUUUAUUAGCGAGAGUAAUGUGCAAUGUCGUCAAUUUUCAAUAACUUCUUUGAAGACUUUACAUGGACACCUCGAUUGACAGAAGUUGAAAUUGACUUUUUGUAGCCGGUCAUGCAUGCGUAGAUGCAUGCGUGCACCAGAUGCAGAAGCCCGGUCACAUGAAGUCCGGGCUUCAGCAUCUGGUGUGCGCAUGCAUGACCAGAUACAACUAUUGAUUCAUCAACCAAAAGUAUUAUGGACACUGCCUUCAUGUUGUUUCUUGAAAAUUUCAGAAUUUUCUGGUUACAAGUAUUUCUGUGUUUGAAGAUCUCACUGAUCAGAAAAUCUAAGUGAUUCUAAAUGCAUUUAUUUUCAGGUAGUGUUUUCUGCUUUUCUUGCAUUAGCAUAAAAUACUUGGAUCAGGGAUGAACUAUUCUAUAAAGUUGGAAAUACAGAACAGGUCUAAUGCUUAGUAUAAAAGGCAAUGAAGGAAAUGCCCUGGUUGCCCUUUAUUCAAUGUUGCCUUUUUGCCCUUAAAUAUAUGAUCUGACAAUGGCAGAGAGGUGGUUGCUUUUACUUUGACCGAUGUAUCAAAACAUUUCAAGUCUGUUCUCGUGAGUUGACCGCAAUCUGCUUUUCGGAGUCUACAACGAGUUUAACUCAAGACAUUGCAUGCAUUGGGUGAUAUGAACAAAGACUAGCAAAUGCUAAAUCUAAAUCUCCCUGUACAUUUACACUACGCUGUUCUGUGCAAAACUGAAGUAAUAUGUAAAGGGCAAGCUCUAUUGAACUCGCACAACUGUAUGUCCUAGCAGACGAUUUUUAAAUACAUGAUGUCCCACACCCGCACUUCAGUGGCGCCGGUGUGAAUAAAUCUACUUGUGUGAAUGGUCUAUGGCUCAUGACGUCAUUAAAUAAUUGCGUCAUGAGGAAGGAAACAAUGGGAUUCACGUCCGACGUUGUAACUGUGGGUGCGGCGCGUCAUGAAUGCAGGAUCGGCCAACGCGCGGCCCAUAUGGAAUGCGACAAAACUGUACCGGAACCAGAAUUGUCAUGGGUCUGCACAAAUUUUUUCAGAUUCAAUGGACAUGAUGGAUAUAUUUGCAUUUUGUUUACAAUUUACAUACAGUGUAUACGUAACCAUUACACUCACUACGUUGUGUGAGUUAAAAGCAUUUGCUAGUCUUUAUUCAUAUCACCCAUUGCGCAACCUCACUAAUGUUGAUCAUGUACAUGUAUCAUGAUGUAUUCUUUCAGCAAGGGAUUUUCUAUGCAGCACAUCACUGGAGUAGAUGUACAUGUAAUAAACUGAAUUGUAUUGUC